GAUCACGUGGUUGCUUAAGCGGCACACGUUUCAGAGGGUCCGAAAGUGAAUAUUGUUUGACCGGGGGACCGACGCAGCCCCGGGGGGGGGGGGGGACCUUCCGUAGCCGAGCAAGCCGAUGGCAGUUUAUAGACAAUGACACCCGCCGGAGCAGUGAACGCGGACUAAGCUGCCGCUUUUAAUUUUUCUCGUUAGCUAAAAGCCUGCCCUCGCAUAGCGAUCUGGAAGCUGCCUUGGACAAAGUAAGCCCCCGUCGUUAAUCUGCACACUUCCUGCGUCCAGAUCGAUCAAGCAGGGUAUCAGAAAGCGGCUUUAGAGAGCGACUCCGCUGAACCGAGCCGUUUUCCGGCCGUGGGAGGGGCGACGCCAGCCAUCCGACCGCAGUUACGACGGAUGGCACAGAGACGGUCGGACCUGCGCCGGAAACACCCUGCCUCGGAUUUAUCCCCCCGGAUGGCGCUUUUCUAGACGAUUCGUCUUUAGCCUACGGAAACGACUUUUUUUGUUCUUCCUAGAGACAAAAUGUGUGCGAAUGUCUUUGGAGUUUUGAAAAGCCUGUUUGGGAAGCCCUUUGAUGGUGGGAAGAGGAUGGAUCAUGGAGGCCCACAGCAACAGCAGCAACAACAUCCCACGCAGCAGCAGCAGGCGUUCUACCAGUCGCAGCAUCCGACCAUGAUGCGUCUGUACGAGAUACAGAAGGAGGUAGCUUCUCUGGGGCCACAGGUCUGCACCUUCAGCGGCCUGCAGAAUGAUCGUGACUACAAGCGCCUGGAGCGGGAGCUGACCCGUCUGCUGCUGGAGGCCGACAAGGUGGACACGGAGGGAAAAGCUGAGCUGCAGGGUGCCCGCAAGCGGGCCGCACAGGAAGUGGAGGGCUUGCUCCACUACCUGGAGGAGAACGCCACUCACCCUUCUCGCCUGGCCAUCGAGGAGCUGAGCUGUGAGGCACGCAGGCUGGUGGACGAGGGUGUGGUGGCGCCACAGCGUGCCGGAGGGGCGGCAGAGAUCAGCGACGAGCUGGUGGACACGCUGCAAGAGCUGAUCCUGAAGCUAACCCAGAUCAAGACGGAAGGAAGGGUGCCACUUCGCAAAGCACGCUACCGAGCUCUGACACGUCUAUGUGCAGUGCAGGACGUGAUCGAGGGGCGCACACGCCAGCAGACCCUCUCGCUGCCACUGUCAGAGGAUACACACGAGGCGGUGCACCGCAUCAACCAGGUUAUGGUGCAGGUGAGCGUAGCCCGUAGCCAGCUGGUGGCUCUGCUGAUGGGCCUGAGUGGCCGGGACAGCUGCGCCCACUUGUCGCGCAUCCUGACGGAGAUGAUGGUGGAGCUGGACGCCCUGGAUGUGUCCGGGAACGCGGCGGUAAGAAACUACCGGAAGCAAGUGGUGGAGGAGAUCAACGGACUGCUGAAACACCUGGACCUGGAGGUAGAGGGAGAUGAUACACGCAGGUAUGACUUGGCGCAGAACAACUCCAUCCGUGAGAUCGAGGCUGUGCGGGGUCACGUCUCCCACCUGCGGGGGGAGAUCCUGCGGUAUUGUGGAAUGGGGGAGUUCAACUUCAGACCAAAGGCUGAGCUGCAGAGCCUUCUAACCCACCUGGACCAAGUGGACACGGCCAAGAACCCCUGCAUCCGAGAAGCCCGGCGCCGCGCCGUGCUUGAGGUCCAGGCCAUCAUCACCUUCCUGGACCUCCGUGAAGCCCUGGCCCGUCGCCAGCCAGGUCCCCAUGAGCACCCCUCCCACCGGGCCGUGUGGCUGGUUCUGGGGAGCCUUUCGGACCUCCAGGCCCAGGUCCUGGGCUUCGACGGCAAGCGUGCCGACAAGAGCUACAUGAUGCUGGAAGAGCUGCUGACCAAACAGCUGCUGGCGCUGGACGCCGUGGACCCGCAGGGUGACGAAGGGACCAAGAUGGCGCGGAAGCAAGCAGUCAAAUUCGCCCAGAACAUUCUCAGCUAUCUGGACAUGAAGACUGACGAGUGGGAAUACUAAUUUAAAAAAAAAAAAACGCUGGCUGAAGAAUCUUAACAGGAUGUGGCGGCCAUCUUGAUUUUAAAAAAUGUUGGAUGGAACAUCUCUGCGGGAACGGACGGAGCUGAUAAUGUUUGUAUAUAAACUGGCGUAUUAUCGCUCCAUGGGCUGGCCUCUGUAAAUAUUGACAAAAAAAUCCCAGAAUGCACUGCAGCAGCGUUUGUUUGUUGUUUUUUGUUUCGAUUUUGUUUUACUUUUGACGUUGUGGCCUAACCUGAAUAGAAGUCAACAGCAACAACAAAAAAAAACUCCUUUUAUGAAAUACUUUGGACAUUUUUAUGUUCACUUAAUAUUUUUCGCGUGCUUUUUGGAAGGUUUACAGAAAACUCGAUUUUGAAAUCUGCUGUAUGCGCGUGUAUGUGAGUGUCAUCGUCUGCAUCAUCCCUCGUCGUAGUGUCUGAAGUCUGCUGCACUAGAUAGUGUCUGUCCCAGUGGUCGUUUCCUUUCAGCUGCAGUUGAUACUGAUGAGGUGCCGGAGAAUGAUUGACUAGCACUGGCAUGCCUCUGUGCCCAUUAAUUGGAGUGAGGACUGGUAAGAAUGCCUGCCAAACCACGUUUUGAGAGUCACGGUGCCCGAAUUCAGGAGAGAACAGUUUGGGUUUUCAGGGUGAGUGGGUAGUUUAUCAUUGAUCAGUGCGAAACCAAUAUUUGGAUGUUAAGACUAAGAAGGGUAUCGGAAAAGGCUGUGAAAUACCGGAUUUUUACCAAGAGAAUGAAUUUCAAUGUGGCCAGACUGUACUAAGACAGGCAGAGAUGUCGAGUACAAAUGUCCACCAGGGAGUUAGUGUUGAAUAAAGUAAAGUAAUCUGCAAGCAUAGUAUUCCUUUAGAACCGCUAUCUGGGGUGUCCGGGUUGCGUGGCGUGGUCUGUUAACAUGGGGAUCGCCAGUUUGAAUCCCCAUGUUACCCCCGGCUUGGUCAGCCAUCCCCACAGACACAAUUGGCCGUCACUGUGGGUGGGAAGCUGGAUGUAGGUAUGUGUCCUGGUCGCUGCACUAGCGCCUCCUCUGGUUGGUCAGGGCGCCUGUUCAGGGGGGAUGGGGAACUGGGAGGAAUGGCAUGAUCCUCCCAUGUGCUACGUCCCCUUGGUGAAACUCCUCACUAUCAGGUGAAAAGAAGUGGCUGGCGACUCCACAUGUAUUAGAGGAGGCAUGUGGUAGUCUGCAGCCCUCCCCGGAUCGGCAGAGGGGGUGGGGCAGCGACUGGGAUAGGUCAGAAGAGUGAGGUAAUUGGCCGGAUACAAUUGGGGAGAAAAAGGGAGAAGCAACCCCCCCCCCCUCCCAAAAAAAAGAACCGCUAUCGGAAAACUGUUUCAUAUUUUGGGAGAGAUAAAGGUGUGGAACAGUACCAGUCACCUGUGGAGCCAGUCAGAUGGCGUGCUCAUACAAACACCGGCCCUAAUUAGAGAAGAGGAUGGUAGGAGUUUACAUUGUUGAUGCUGGGUCGCUCCCCACUCCUGCGCGACCCCGUUUAUCCUCUCAGUAUUUUGGUGCAUGUCUCUGGUUGCGCUCCAAUUCCGUGGCACACUCCCCAAACCCGGCAAAGCCACAGCUGUCGCUGGCCACUGGUCAAAAGACAAAUGAAACAGGGCAACCUUUUUUCGUUUCUUUUUUUUUAACAUCUUUUUCAAUGUGAGCCACCAUAACAAGGUGACACCUAGUUGACAUUAGAUGCAAAUGUUAUGUCGGGGUGUCUUUAUGCAUGCUCAAUUACCCAGGUAAGAAAAUCACAGAAAAGUUGAAUCAGUUCAUCUGGAUACAAUGUUUAUUGAGAGAUAUGUUUCAUCACAGAAGAGGUCACUUAGAUGAGGGAUGAAACGUUUCUCUCAAUAUCAGAGAAAGUUGAAUCAGUUCAUCUGGAUACAACGAUACGUUGUAUCCAGAUGAACUGAUCCAACUUCCUUUGAUUUUCUUACUCGGAUUAUUGAGCAUGCAUAAAGACGAUUCUCUCAAUAAACGUUGUGUCCAGAUGAACUGGUUCAGCUUUUCUGUGAUGAUGUCGGGGUGUUAUUUUCUAAGUUUGCCAGCCAAGAUGCUUUGAAAAGGGGAUUCGCAGGUAUGCUUGACCCCUGUGACUAAUAACAAGAGAACUCCUUCGGCGAAGGACACACAAAACCACUCCGCCCUCGUUGCUUGUGUAGUUGGUGAAUCCGUGUUACAUUUCAAAUAGUUGUCAUUUGUUUGCUUGAUUACAUGUGAUGGUCGCGUUCAGAGUUAAAGGAUUUGUGAUGUAGUGU